ACUGGCCGGAAAAAGACCAGGUCUCAUACGGUGACAUCACGGUAACCAUGGAGACAGAAACAUGUCUUGCAAACUACACACUCGCAAACCUGACUGUGCAACACAAGAAGAAGACAACGAAGCGACACGUGCGUCAUUUCCAUUUUACAACCUGGCUGGAUCGUAGUGUUCCAGAUAUGUAUGCAUUCUUGGAGUUCAGGUGGAAGAUCAAGGAACUAGCUGGAAAACAAAAGCAUCCAAUCACCGUUCACUGCAGCGCCGGCAUUGGCCAGACAGGCACGUACAUCGCUAUUGAUAGUCUCGUGGAGCAGGCUACAACAGAGGGCACUGCGGACGUUGUCAGCUUCGUCUCCAACUCGAGAAGUCAGAGGAAAGGCAUGAUACAAUCAAAAGAUCAGUACCUGUUCGUGUACCAGGCGGUGGCGAGGGCGGCGGCAGACGGAGACAUGACUCUGGACUCCCGUACGCUGAAGGGAGUGGAUCUUGGCCACCUUGCUAACCUCACGAUGGGAAACAAGACUGUACAACAACAUCUUGAGGUGCUUCAGUGUACUCCUGCCCAAAAUACUGAGAUUGACAUCGUUGUUUCAAUGCCUUCACAUGUAUCCACAAUUGGGUUCUACGUCUUGACGUCACUUCCGGACACAGAGGAAGUUUGGAAUCAAAUUUACAAGACUAGGUCUCGCAAUCUGGUCACGUGGGCACAGGACAAUCAGACAUAUCUUCCAUCAGCAGAAUCCUCUGUCACAACAUCAAGACUCACAGCAAGCAUGCGCAGUCGCACUAUCAUAAUGGAUGACGUAAACGUCGACACCAUUGAUCUCGUUUCAAAAGAGGACAAUGCAACUUUCACUGUUCAGCAUCACCACUUGCCAGGAAGUGUUCGAGAUCACAGUGGGAUGGCUUUGAUCGACUCCUUGCUUGCGCUACAUCGACAUCCUUGUACAAUCGUUUCACGCUCCAUGACCGAGACAAGACUUCUGGUGCUGCUUCUCAACAUCGCCAGCAGAAUUCAGGACGACGGGAAGGUAGACAUCAUCACCAAUAUGCGACGUCUUUACACGCGUCUCGGGGGACGUCCCUUCACUCUGGCUGAUGUCUGUUUCUGCCUUGAAUUUUCAAAACAACGCCUUGGGUCUCUUUGAAUCCAGCCGCUUCCAUACGCAGCUGUAACCGGAACUUUUUCUGAAAACUUGUUUAUUUUUUUAUUAGUUACUUUAACUACGUUUACUUUCAAACAUGGUUACUUUCAAACAUCCCAUGCCCUAGCUGUACAUGCACACACAAUAGGUCAGAUAAAAUAGCUCCAUUUUACUCAGACCUAUUCACAUUUAGCUAUGUUUCCUAUUACGCCCACUCAUUUACAUAUAGGCAACACAAAUACAUACCAUGCAUGCUUGUAUAUAGAAGGUUGUAAUACUCUCACUCCUAUUCUAAUCUCAGUUUUACGACUUGUUGGUUUCCUUAUCUUUGCAUACUAUUUUAUUUCUUGAAAAGGAAAGUUCAUUGCAAACUCAUUCGCAAAAUGAUAUACAUAAAUUGUAAUAAUACCUGUCACGUGACAUAUAGGCAGGAGUUGAAAUAACCACUAGAGUCCAUUGUACGAUUCCAAUUGUAUCAUGAGCAUGUGGGUAUGAAAGUAUCAAAGAGAGAUCAUAGCAGGUGUUCGCAGAAAUAUGCCCUGUCACAAACACAAAUUCCUGUCAACUGACCACUACUCUCUGUUGAUCGCGUAUUCGGGUAUAACCUGCCUAAGUUCCGGACACUUUUAUGACUAAACUCACUUUUGUGGAUUAGCCUGAAUAUUCACUGAGUAUAAGAAUGAUUUUGUGUUGACAUCCAUGUUUCUUGUACUGCUCGUGCUUAUAUUGAUGCAUUGUUUUGUGCUUCUAUGUUCGUUCAUAUCUUUACACCAUAUACGUUUCUGGGUGAUUCAGAGUUUUACUGAGAGUAAAUGUGUCCUGAGUUCAAGAUACAUUCCGCCAUGGCAUAUGGUCGGUUAAAAAGAGGUUUCCUUUGCGCAUAUGAAUACAUCGAUGACCUAUAAU